GGCCGAGCCCGCGCCGCCGCGCCUGCCCGCUCCCGAGUCGGCUGCGCUGGACGCCGCGCCCCCGGGGAGCCCGCGCCGGACCCCCGCGCCGCGCGCCCCGGCCGGCCGCCCCGCCGCCGUGCCCCCCUGCCCGCCGGCAGCCUCGGCCCAGAAAGUAUUAUGAGGGAGGCCGAGGACUCGGGGCACCGGGCAGAGACACGGCGCAGCGACUAGGCCUUUGCCCUUCCCGAGAGGAUGCUGGGAUUCUGCAGAGGGAGACGGAAGUUCCUGGCCGCCUCGCUCACGCUCCUCUGCAUCCCGGCCAUCACCUGGGUCUACCUGUUUGCUGGGAGCUUCGAAGAUGGGAAGCCAGUGUCCCUGGCGCCCCUGGAGCCGCAGGCGCACAGCCCCCGGUACACGGCGUCCAGCCAGCGCGAGCGGGAGAGCCUGGAGGUGCGCGUGCGCGAGGUGGAGGAGGAGAACCGCGCGCUGCGCAGGCAGCUGCACCUGGCCCAGGGCCGCCACCCCGCGCCCCGCCGGGGCAACCACUCCAGGACCUACUCGGUGGAGGAGGGCACCGGCGACAGCGAGAACCUGCGCGCCGGCAUCGUGGCGGGCAACAGCUCCGAGUGUGGGCAGCAGCCGGUGGUGGAGAAGUGCGAGACCAUCCACGUGGCCAUCGUCUGUGCAGGAUACAACGCCAGCCGGGAUGUCGUCACCCUGGUCAAGUCUGUCCUGUUUCACAGGAGGAACCCUCUGCACUUCCACCUCAUCGCCGACUCCAUCGCCGAGCAGAUCCUGGCCACGCUCUUCCAGACCUGGAUGGUGCCCGCCGUGCGCGUGGACUUCUACAACGCGGACGAGCUCAAGUCUGAAGUUUCCUGGAUCCCCAACAAACAUUAUUCUGGGAUUUACGGUCUGAUGAAGCUCGUCCUGACCAAGACUCUCCCGGCUGACCUGGAGCGAGUCAUCGUGCUGGACACGGAUAUCACCUUCGCCACUGACAUCGCCGAGCUCUGGGCUGUGUUCCACAAGUUCAAAGGGCAGCAGGUCCUGGGCCUGGUGGAGAACCAGAGUGACUGGUACCUGGGCAACCUGUGGAAAAACCACCGCCCGUGGCCCGCCCUCGGACGGGGCUACAACACAGGAGUGAUCCUGCUGCUUCUGGACAAGCUGCGGAAGAUGAAGUGGGAGCAGAUGUGGAGGCUGACGGCGGAGAGGGAGCUCAUGGGGAUGCUGUCCACGUCCUUGGCUGACCAGGACAUCUUCAACGCGGUCAUCAAGCAGAGCCCCGCCCUGGUCUACCAGCUGCCCUGCUUCUGGAACGUGCAGCUCUCCGACCACACGCGCUCCGAGCAGUGCUACAGGGACGUGGCCGACCUUAAGGUCAUUCACUGGAACUCCCCCAAGAAGCUGAGGGUGAAGAACAAGCACGUGGAGUUUUUCCGAAACCUCUACCUGACCUUCCUGGAGUAUGACGGGAACCUCCUGCGACGGGAGCUAUUUGGCUGCCCCAGUGAGGCGGACGUCAACAGCGAGAACCUCCAGAAGCAGCUGUCGGAGCUGGACGAGGACGACCUGUGCUACGAGUUCCGGCGGGAGCGCUUCACAGUGCACCGCACGCACCUCUACUUCCUGCACUACGAGUACGAGCCGCCCGCCGGCCCCACGGACGUCACGCUGGUGGCCCAGCUGUCCAUGGACAGGCUGCAGAUGCUGGAGGCCAUCUGCAAGCACUGGGAGGGGCCCAUCAGCCUGGCGCUGUACCUGUCGGACGCCGAGGCCCAGCAGUUCCUGCGCUACGCGCAGGGCUCCGAGGUGCUCAUGGGCCGCCGCAACGUGGCGUACCACGUGGUGUACAAGGAGGGCCAGUUCUACCCCGUCAACCUGCUGCGCAACGUGGCCAUGAAGCACGUGGCCACGCCCUACGUGUUCCUGUCGGACAUCGACUUCCUGCCCAUGUACGGUCUCUACGAGUACCUCAGGAAGUCUGUCGUCCAGCUGGACCUGGCCAACACCAAGAAAGCGAUGAUUGUGCCUGCCUUCGAGACGCUGCGCUACCGCCUCUCCUUCCCCAAGUCCAAGGCGGAGCUGCUGUCCAUGCUGGACAUGGGGACACUCUUCACCUUCAGGUACCACGUGUGGGUGAAAGGCCACGCACCCACCAACUUCGCCAAGUGGAGGACUGCCACCACGCCUUACCGGGUGCAGUGGGAGGCCGACUUCGAGCCGUACGUCGUGGUGAGGCGGGACUGCCCCGAGUACGACCGGAGGUUCGUGGGCUUCGGCUGGAACAAGGUGGCUCACAUCAUGGAGCUGGAUGCGCAGGAGUACGAGUUCACUGUGCUGCCCAACGCAUACAUGAUCCACAUGCCUCACGCCCCCAGCUUUGACAUCACCAAGUUCCGGUCUAACAAGCAAUACCGCAUCUGUCUCAAGACCCUCAAGGAGGAGUUCCAGCAGGACAUGUCUCGCCGUUACGGCUUUGCCGCCCUCAAAUAUCUCACCGCGGAGAACAACAGCUAGCACCAAGAAAGCCCGUCCCUGGGGAGAGACGUUCUGCAGGGGGAGAGCCAGCGGCCGCGUGGGGCCCUGCCUUCACACUCAGACAUCGAGCAGUGCUUUUUCGUUUCGUUCAUUUGUUUUUCCUUUGUCUCUUUGGCCCCACGAAGCUGCUCUCACUGCGGAGAUCUAGGACAGGGAACCCCUCUCACCCCUUCGGUCCCGUGGCUCGACACUUCCCGAGUCUGGAAAAUCAGUCUGUCUACACAAGUCUUCAAGCCUGGGAUGUAGAGGGGUGAGCAAGCAAAGGGGGGGGGGGUCUCCGCCCCUAAAACCAUAUCCAAGAGGGUCUGUCGGAUGGUCUUCAUUGCUUUUUUAAGAAAAGGAAGUCAGGGUGCCGGGGGUUCCCCCAUCCCAGGAAAUAAAAGCAAAACGUGUCUCUUCGUUCAGAGGAAA